CUCGUGCCCACCCACCCUGUCUGUGGAGGACUUCCAGCGAGACGAGUCCUUCGACUGCCGCCUGGUGACCCUCAUCAGGAACGACAUCCUGCCCCACGCCGGCGCGCUGCCCAGUGACUUCAUGGUCAAGGUCAUGGAGAUCCUCAACAAGGGCUCCAUACACUCCACUACCUCGGACUCUUUUGUUGACACCGAGUCGAGCCGCAAGCUCCGGGAAGACUUCGCCCGCACGUGCUUCGAGACCCUGCUGCAGUUCUCCUUCGUGAGCGACACGGUGUCGGAGCAGGGUCAGCUGACCAGGCUGGCCGUCAUGUCUCUGCUGCGGAGAUGCCAGGACGUGGUCACCAAGUACGUGGAGGACGAGAGGCUCAGCGGGAAGUGUCCACUACCCAGACCCCGCCUGGCAGAGAUGUCUUCCGUGCUCAAAGCUAUCACCACGCUGCUACAGUCUCUCAAGAAAGCACCCACCGAGAACGUGGAGGCCAGCGUGUGGAACCAGGUGAUCCAGCUCUACCCGGCCCUGGUCGAGUGCACCACGUCACCCUCACCUCAGGUGUCCAAGUCUCUGAGGGACGCCCUGCACGAGUUCUGUGAUCUGCUGGCCCCGCCCACCAAGACAGUCCUCAACGGGAGAUAAUCCAACCCAACACUGCCUUUCUUCAUUUUCGGUUACGUCCCUUUCACCUUCGUUCCUGCAUCAUAAUUUUCAUUAAAUCAGUUCGAGUUAUAAUGGUAUUAGAUUUUUUUUCCCUAUUUUUUUUUUCCUCACUCAGCAUCUUUUGUGAUAUGAGAAUUAAUAUUGAUCAGGAAUGUGACUUAUUAAUUUGUGUGGAUUUUUGUUUGUUUGAAGUGGCUUUUUAGAAUUAGAACAGCUGACUAUGAUUUUUGUUUCAAGAUGUUUUUUGUUUUGUUGUAAAUGUAAAGAGUUGAGUGCGCUCCUUCGUGAGGUCUAAGGUGGGCUGUUCCACAGUAACUGACGCGACAUUUGGACUUUACUUUCUUACAAUGAUAAAACUGCAAUUCAAUAUCGAUUAAUUUAUUUCAACUUUAAAUGAUCGGAACAUUUCAAUAUUAAAAAUUGUGUCAAAUGCAAUUCAUUUGAAUAAAAAGUAAGGCCUACUUUAUGCAAAUUUUACAGGGUGGUUAGUUUCGGUAAGUGAAGGGACAGAAAAAAUAGCUCAUUUCUCGUCAGUUACAACAGAAUAGUCCAGGUGAAAAUUGACUGGAGUUGUGGAAGGUUGUCUUGGAAAAUAUCUUCGUACAGUGGUCCUGGCCAAGAUUCCACAUAUGCUUGUCUUUACAGUUUUUCUAUUUUCUCUUCUUUCUACUUAGGGAGAUGCUUGUAAUGGCUUAUUCCUUAUGUUGUUUGAGGUAUGCUUGAGUUUUAGUUUGGGCUAAGUUUGUGUAACAGCAUCGACAAAUUCCUCAGCUCGCCAGAGAUGCCUGCAAUAAUUAUGUGCUUGGACACCACCCUUCUGUAGUCACCAAGAAAAAAGUCGUGGUCGCUGGUCAGAUUUUGUAUUGUUGAGGUACAAAUUUCAUUUGUACACGGGUGUGUUUGCAUGAUUGCUUGUAGGGAUUGUGAAGCAAAAAGUUUGGAAGCAGCUCAUGACAUGUACCUAUUUUUUGUUAACUAGACAUUCUCAAUAUGUGGCAUGCACUGUCCAGGCUGUUUGGUACCAUUUUACUAGAAGUCAAUAUUUUAUACAAUAGGCAGAAAGUUAAAUAUUCUAAGUCGCCCAGUUUUCUUUUAUUGGGGAUGAAAUACUAUUUUUAGUCACCAUCAUUUUUAUACUCAUUUCCUCAUUUUUCAAUUGUCAGAAAUAGUCCUCACCUAAAUCUUUGUCCUUGAGACAUUGAGUGAUGUAUGUGAAAUCUUAGACUUUCCCUUUCAUUAUGCCCAUGUCAGUUCAGACUGAAGAGCUACAGAACAUCCUUACUCUGCUGUGGAUCUUGUUUUAACUUUUCAUAGAAUAUAAUCCCUACCCUCUACUGUCUCAAAAGUGCUGACUAUGCAUAGAUAUAAAUGCUUCUUAUUUUUGUUUUGGUCAUUGUUUCAAACUUUAUUUAUUUAGAAAUGGCAUAGAUAUAGACGGCUGAACCUUAAUUUUAACUUUUUUAAAAUGAUUUUUUCGAAUGCCAUUACCAUUUUUCAUUUUCUAAGGAAGGCUAGCAGAAGUAAGCUACCUGUAUUAUUUUCAGUUAUGGAAGCGAAUAUAAGUUUUGUUCAACCUAUGGCAAUGAUGUUAUGUACAUUUUUCUAUGCUGAUAUGUUAUCCUUAGCUGAAAAGCUAAACCAAAGUGGGAGAAACUUGUUAUGAAGUGUGUGCGUUGUUGCAGUCUCUUUUUUCAUGUUGUAAAAGACUUGUUUGCUGUUGCAGUGAUAUGUGCGUAGUGAUGCAUAUUAUAUCUGUACGUUAUGAUAUAUGCAUUAUCUGUACAUUAUGACAACAUGUACUUCUGUAUGUUAUGAUAUGUCUUUAAGUCAUUAAUAAAUUAAGUCAUGCAUUUGGGCCCAACAUUCUGGACCAAGUUUCAGCCCAGGUCCAUCCCUGUACAGAAAGGGGUAUUUGUUUGUUUUUGUAAAGUGUUUUACGGCGCUCGCAACUGCAUAAGGUCAUAUGAGCGCGCGGGACACACCUUAUAUUUUCAGAAAGGGGUAUGAACUGGAUUGGAUUUGUAGGCUACUUAUAACAACGACAAAAAAGUUGGUGGUAAAAAUAUUUCACCCAUCCAAGAGUUAUUAUAAAUUCCUCUUUUUUUUUUUUUUUAUAAUUGUUUUAAUUUGCUGAAAUUGUUCUUCUUCAGACUGUGUAGAUGUGAUGUGCUACUUUAUUCUACAACUCCUAAUACAGAAGCACAGAAGCUCAUGCUUUUGUAAUGUUUAGUUUUGAUAAGGAGACAUCAUUACAGCAAACCAUCAUGUUGGGUCAUUCAAAUUCAUCAACUCUUUAGUAGAGGUUACACCAACUUGUGGGUGAAGUUUUGAUUGGUAAAGAAAAAUUCUUAUUGUACAUUACUUACUGUUCAUCAAGUCAAUCCUCUUUUAUCAAAUGCUACAAGAGAUUGGGCCUUAUAUUCAUAAAAGGGAAACAGAAUUUUUGAAGAGCCCAGGAAUUACAUGUAAUAUUGCGAUGAAGUCACUUAUUUAUUGAUAUUAAGUUUAUUGCUUUUCAACUAUUCCGUGAGACAUAUUAGUAGGUGACACACGUAUUAACUUUCAAAUAAUAAAUCUUACAUACUAAUGGCAGAAAUAUUAUAUAUACUGCAAAUUGACCGAAGAACUUAAAAAUUUUAUUCACUCAUGAAAGUGAAACUUAAACAAAGAAGCAAUUGCACUGAACAAAGAUUGUUGAAAUUUAUUGGAACAUCUAUCCUGAGAAUUCUUACUUUAGACUAAGGACACAACAUAGUGUAGAUAUAAUUGAUAUACAAUUCAAAUUUAUGUGGUGUUGAAAAAUUAGAUUAGAUGUAUUAAUUCCUGUCAUCUAUUUUUAUGGAAAGCAUCAGUUUUAAUUGUAAUACUUUGUGGACUGAUAGGAAUCAUCUGUGCUUUGGGCGUUUAAAAAUUUGGCUGUUGGGAUUUUCAGUAAUUUGCUUUCACUAGAAUGAAACUGUGAUGGAACUUUGUUCACUGUGUUUGAGUCCUUAUCCUUAUUGAGUAUAAUGAUGUGUACAUCUACAUGUGACCACACACCCUGAUGUAUAUAUUGACACAUAUAUCGAUAUAUCUGCAUGCGGCGAUUAUUUAAGCAGUUUCAUAGUAUUAUAUUAUAUCUCUAUUUCUGUCAACUAGAUUAUGAAAUAAUUAUUUCAAAGAGUAUAUGAAUAUACUCUUCCUGCUGGUAACAAGUAUUCUAUUAUAUCUCUAUUUCUGUCAACUAGAUUAUGAAAUAAUUAUUUCAAAGAGUAUAUGAAUAUACUCUUCCUGCUGGUAACAACAACUUUGAGUCCUGUUUCGUGACAUUGUGAGAGAGAAAAGACCAAUUUAAUUUUGUCCCCGUUUUUCAAUAAAGACUGAACUGUUUGAAAAAGUUACUGGCUCGAUUUGUCAGUUAAGAAUCCAGACCUUUAGCCUGCAUAGCAAAUGAGGAAGUCUUUCAAAGUACACGUAUCAGACUUCCCUCACUUUCUGUGUACAUGCAUUAAAAAAAUAGAUCAUAUUCUUUGGAAAACAGCAGUUGUUCUCUACGAUGUUUCAUUGUUUUAAGUCGGCCGGGUGAAGGAUUCAGGAAGCAGUUAGGAUAUGAAACAGCCAGGUGGGUUUUACAUUCUACCACAUGUUCGUGGUCCUAUUGAAAAAAAGUCAGCUAGAUAUCUAAAUGAUGAUUUAUUUUUAAAGCAGAUUGAGACUGUCAAAAUUGCCAUAAUCAUCAAAAUGAGAGGUAUUUUUGUGGUGCACUUUUCUUUGUCCAGAUAACACUUUGCGGUCACUUGGCGAGCUUACUGCGCUGCUGAAAAUUGUCUGUUCUGGGCACCUGGCGUAGUUCUGCACCAGGCCCGAGAAGUCCGUUGCAGUCACUGUCCUGGCUGGGUGACCAGAUAGGGUAUUUUGUACUGCUAGCUUUGUGAGUGUGUUAAGGUAAUACAAGAUAACAGUAUUUUCUGUCUAAUUUGAACAAGAAAUCUGCCUGUUGUCUGAAGUAAUAGAAUAUGGAAAAGAUUCAGAUUUUUUUAACGGCCUCUCAUAUGUAUUGUGAAGAAAGAUGCUUAGAGUGUGGGUCACUUGCUUCUGCAAUACCCUCACAUACAGUGACUUGCUCAAACACUAUCUAGAUCUUUCACAUAAAACUUCAACUUGCUAAUUCUUCUUCCAGUCAUGAAAGUUGAAUGAAUGUGAAUGAAUAAUAUGUUCUAAAUGUUCGUUGCCUUCAAACAAAACGUGUAAAAAUCUACAUGAUGCAUUCAGUAUUCUUUCUCUCUGCAAAACUUUUUCAUUGUUGAUAGCCAGAAUCAGCCUGAUAGUGACCUCUGUACAAAAAACAUGUUUGCUUUUGUCAUAUGAGGACUCUGGUAGUACCGCAGCAUGGGAGGAAUAAAAAACAGACAAUGCUGAGAACAUUUGCAUCUCGUUUUUCUUUAUAUGUGACUGCUUCGUGUUUCAUAAAGGUUGUUGUUGCAGGAAGUCAAAUCAAAAGAUUGGAUGAAGAAUAUUAUGUUUCGCCAUAUAUAGAGAUGUAUGGACUACUCAGAUGUUUUGUGCUUCAUUCCACUAAUUUUUAAAUGCUUUGUUAUGAUUUGAGAGACCGUCUCUGCUCGUGGUUUGUAUUGUGUUUGUGUGUGUGUGUGUGUGUGUGUGUGUGUGUGCAUGCCUGUGUGUGUGUAUGUGUGUGUGUGUGAGUGUGUGUGUGUGUGUGUGUGUGUGUGAUGACCUCAUCAUCAGCCUUUGUCACACCCUCUGUCAGUGUAUAGUCAUCGGCUAUAGCCUCCAUUUCUUUCCAUCUGUAUCCCAUCUCCUUUAGAUCCGAAUCUUAAGUCCCUCUUCUACGUCCUUGUUGGCUUUUCUUUCUUUCUCUUUCCUUGUGGAUUCCAUUUUAUUAUGUUCACACUUUUGCUUUGUUUUCAGAGUUGCUCGGUUGAACACUCUAGAUAUUAUUGACACUUAAAACAUCAAACUUUGGUACCUUUUGGUACUCAGAUGAGCGUGUGUUUGUUUUUAAAUAUUGCAGAAUGGUUUCUACACUUGUAUUUGUAUUACAUUUCUUUCUUCAAAAUUAUUUUGUUUGAUAUUUUGAAGAUUUCUCUCUGUAGCCUCCUAUGCAAAAACUGAUUCUUAGUCAUUUCACAUGGUGAAUAUAACUUAAUGUGCCAUCAAACAUCUAUCCAUCUAUCUCAUUUUUGGCUUCAAGAUCAAUGACAACCUUAUUGCCACUUGUGGUGUAUUUCUACAGCUACUGGAGAUCCUUGUGGUUUGAGGCUUUUUGAAUGAAGAAAAUGAUUCACAGCAUAAAAUUGUACGAAGAAAAUGUUCUACGAAGUGCAUCGUGAGAAGCAAGCAGACAAAUUAGCUGGUCAGUUAUGUGUAUAAUGAUGACAUUAAGUGAUGCUAAGCCUGGGUAAUUAAUUUAGAUUGUGUCCUCAGAUUCUGCCUCAAGUUUUUGAAAUACGGCAAUAAAACGGUCACCAAAUAACUGUGUAUAUAUAUAUAUAUAUAGUACCGUAGAACAAACAGGAAAUUUAUUUUCCUCGCCUUUUUUGGAAAAGGUGGGGGGUUUUUUCACCUUGAUUAAACAUUUUUUUCAACCCAGUGGCAUGAUAUAAUUCAAAAUUACUAUCUGUUCUUUGAUUACAAUGUUUUUAAGUUGUGUGUUUUGCAUACGUCUGCUAGUGUGAAUGUUUGCCUUUUUAAUGACAUCUGUUAAGAAAUGGUAUUGCAUUUGGGAAUAUAUGUGUUUCUAUGUUUAUAUUCAUCAACAUAUUCGUGUGAUUGUUUGCUUGUGUGCAUUAAUGUGUGUGCAUGUAAUCUCUUUUACAUGAUUGUACGUACAUGUGUAUCCGUGGGCAUGCAUAAAUUUGAAUUUCUAUUUUUAUGUUAUUAUGCGGGUGGGAACGUCUGUGUCUGUUUGCGUGUUCUACGUACAGCCCAUUUUUUCCAGUGAAAAUUGUGAUACAUUGCAUUGUAACGAGUGACUUUUCUUUUCCCCUGUGAGUUUUGUCUCAGGAAGAAAGACUGCUGGAAGCUGACAAUGACAAAUUGUGUCUCAACGCGGUGGAUUCAGGCGCUCAUCUAUUUUUAGGCAUGUGAAGUUAUUGGUACCAUCUAAAACAUUAUUCGUUUGCCUUGCUUUCAAUGAAAAAUACCCGUCUAUCUUGAAUAGAAGUGGAGAUAUUUUCGAUUGAAGGAAGUGAAGUCGCCUGAUUUUAGUGGUGACCUCUCCAAGAAAAUGGCAGCCAAAGUUUGGUAUCUCCAAUAGCUACAGAGUCCUUGAAUACUGAAAAAUGACAUUUAAAAUUAACCUUUUACAGUAAUAUUCACAUGGAAAUUGUUUUUAUUUGGACAUAAAAGGGUUUAAGCCAAAAAAAAAUUAAAAUUCGAAAAAGAUUACCAUACAUGUAUUGGGGAUUAAAAUGUCUAGUUCUCCAAUUUCGUAGGAGCGCCUGAUUUCACCACGAUGCCUCACAAUUGAAGAAUCACUUCUGUACAAAAGACACAAAAGACUUUUUUUUACAGACAUUGCCGCAGCAGCCAGUUAUGUGAUUUUUCCACAGUCAAUGUAUUUGAUAUGAAUUGAAAGCAUGUCAUAUAGACUCUAACCAAGAAAUGAUCCUUGUACAUACAUGUAACAUGUAUAUGGAAAUUUCUUAGUGACUUUUCUUAAUUUGUACCAAUACUAUUUUGAGCUUGAUUUAUUUCCACUUGCAUGAACGACCUUUGAACUUUUCCAACAGGUACACUCAUGAACAGCAUCAGACUCUCGGAAUCGUUUCUGUCUUCUCUUGGUGGCUAGCCCUAUGCCACACCUUGCCUUUCGUUAAACAUAUAUCUAUGUAUAAACAUAUAUAAUCUUUUUCUUUAGUUUAGCAAUGUAGCAUUCUCAGCAGGAUGAUAUUUGAAUUUGACAAACAAAGAGGGAAAUCUCUUAUUUACCGCCAUAAGCAGAAGAACUGCCAAGUGUGUCUUCAGAUAUAAUAUGUCAGCAAUUAUCUCUAAGUAAACUCUGAUCUGAAGUUUUAUUUGAUUUCUCAGUGAAAAGAAAUAAUGCACCUUUCCUUUACAUAUUUGUUAUGAAUUAUUUCACUUGGUUAUGGAAAAGAGAUAUUUGCUUUAGAAAACUUGUCUGUCUGGGCAAAAAAUUGGUCAAAUCUAUACAACAUUAAGAUUCUUGAAAGGCCACCAGAAGUUUUGUCAUGUGUUUUUUGGACAUUUAUCUUUGGCUUGUGAUUCAAAUUUGCACUUCAUGGCUUGAUGAGCGUGGAGACUUUUUUUUUCUUAAACAGGAAAAAAAAAAUUGAUUUUCUUAAUUGCUGUGUGUGGGAGAUGUUUUUCUUAAGUAAUAAAAAAGCUUGAUUGUUUUUUUGUGUUUUUUAAAAAUAAAUUGCUAUGUGUGAGAGAUCUUUAUCAUAAAUUUGAAAUGAACACUUUAUUUCCAUUUGAUGCGUUACAUAGAACAAUGAUGCCAUGUAUGUGUACCUAUAUCGCAUGCGUUUUACAGUUAUUUUUCAUGUCCAUUUUCUAUUAUAAUUUCAUUUUCAGUUUUGGUGAGGGUAGUGUAAAGUAUAUGAGGAACAUCAUAAAACAUUCAUCUAGAUUCGGA